AUUGCCAAGGCUAGACACUAGGGCAAUCACAUAGCAGAAUUGCUAGACAUUUAUUCAAACAGAACUGGAAAUAUAUUAAGACAGUUUCUAAAUCACUCCCUGCUUUGACGACUGCUCGAAAGGGCUUGAUUUUUGAAAACGUUGCGCUUCCACAAGGAUAACGCGAAUGGGGAAUUCUUAUGCGGCACAUUCCGUAUCUUCGUGUCAAAAUAAUUCCUUAGCCCCUGCAUGCCUAUACUGUAUAUGGGCUUCGGUUCAAGGGACAAGACUUGUGUUGGACAGUAGAUGCUAUAGGUCUAUGGUUUAUACAACAGCCCCGGAAAGAAUAAGGGGCGGGGUUGCUCGCGGCCGGAAUGACACAGCCCGGAAGAGCAGCUGCUUAAAAUAAUAUUCCUGGCCGUCCAGUUUGUACGGCAGCUGGCAAAGUGGAACCCCUCGCAAGGUCCGCAAGAUCCGGCUGAGAUUGCAGUGAAGGAGAGAAAUGUGGAACCCUAAUCAAGGUCCGCCAGGGGGGUAUCCCAUGGGACCCCCAAUUCCCAACCCCGCCUAUCCUCCUGGUCAAAACCCAGCCUACCCACCAGGAGUGAACCCGGCCUUCCCACCUGUGGUGACCCCCCCUGGCCCCUACCCAGGGCCCCCCGUUGGUAUCCCGGGUCAAAACCCCUAUCCUGGGGUUCCCAUGGGCCCGGGACCUUAUCCGGGGGGCCCUCCCUGUCCCCCAGGGGUCAACCCUUCCUACCCAGGGCCACAUGGUGGGGUCUUUCCUGGCCCUUACCCAGCUGGCAGCCCGGGACACAAACACGGAAAAUCUUACCCCAUGGCUGGGGGCCUGGCGGCGGGCGUGGCGGGGGCGGGCGUGGUAAUUGGUGGGCACAAGGCGCACAAGAAGAUGAAGAAGAAGAUGAAGAAGGCACACAAGUACCACAAGCACGGGAAGCAUUCCUCAAGCAGCAGCAGCAGCAGCAGCAGCGACUCGGACUGAGCUCUCGCUGUUGACGCGACACUCCCAUCAAACUCUGACAUGGCGGCUUCACCCGGGCUGCGCGCUUCAUAGCUUUGCAUUAUGUUGUACAGCACUGAUGUAAGACAUAGCACAGAAGAGGUUUUCAAACUGCCAUGGUGAUGAGGGAUUUCACACAAGCCCGAUCUGUAAGUAAAAAUCCUGAUUUUAAUACAUCUCUGCUGGGCUCAGUGAAAAAUCAUGCAGAUCCCCCUGAGGACACCCUAAGAACAAUCUCUGAGGACCACAUUCCAUGACACUUUGAAAACCACACUGUGAAAUUGCUGAUAUGGAAAGCUUGAGGCUAUUUAAAACUCUAUAUUUUUUUGAAGGAAAGGGUGUUGUAUUUAAGAUUAUGCAAUGACUGUUUUAACAAUAAAUGACAAAGAUUUGUGACUCCAGUCUCUAA